AUUAUUGUAAUAUAGAAUAGAGUUUGUGUAGAAUGUCAUGACGCCAACGAAUGACAAGAACACAAGAAAACAUACACAUUUUUAUGCUGUUUAUUGAACCCUCUCAUUCAAGAACACAAAGGUAAACAAAAUAUAGUCAAACUCAAACAUAUUCGUUGAUUUCUAGUUUACAAAUCCGCAAUUCUGUAAUUACAAUUACACGUUACCGUACAGAAACACCACGUUUAAAAAACCGUCGUCGUGGGCAUUGAUUCUUUAGUGGAGUCGGCACAAAUCCCAACACGUGAGCUGGUGGCCAAGCCUUUGCACGUAGCCUGUAUGUACCGAAGGCCUAUGAUAAUCGAGCUCCUUCUCGCCUACGGGGCCAAUCCAAACGCACAAGACAAAUUUCAGCGCACACCAAUACAGCUGGUGAUGAUGUAUUGGCCUCGCUACUUCGUUCACAAUACACACCGCUACAUGGACAUGAGCAAAGAAGAGCAGCGCUACAACGAGUAUCUCGCCCGGAUGCACGAGAAAAGCAGAGUUUGUCUUGAACUGCUGUGCAGGCACGGAGCAGAUAUCGUCUUUCCACUUAACGACCGCGGGUUGACCGCCCUGCACCUCGCCGCAAGAUACUGUCUUGACAAAAGCAUAGACACAUUCGCUGCACAUAGAGCAAACCUGAACGUGCGCGAUGCUCAGGGUAAGACGCCGAUGCUGGUCGCCGCCGAGUACGGAAACUUUACGUUCGUCAGCGCCCUCCUGCGGCGGGGAAUCGCCGUAAAUCAGGCAGACGACUGCGGUCAGACGGUGCUGCAUCACGCAUGCGCAACGCAGCAGAGCAUCGCGACGAUCGCGGAGCUAAUAGAGUGCGGGGCCGGUGUCAACGCGCAGGACAGCAACUACGGCGACACGCCGCUGCACACGGCCGCCUAUCUCGGUUACGAGGGUCCGAUCGGUCUGCUGCUACGCUACGGCGCUGACCCGGACGCGCGUAAUCUCUACGGACAGUCGGCGACGUACGCGUUUCUGGACAACGCGGCGAACAGUCGUAAGAUCUACGGACUCGAGCGCCUCCUCAACGAGACCGUACAGCUCUGCCUGAGAGAUUCCUCGGGCAGGCCGCCUCGCCUGGCCGCAGAAGGUGACUGGCAGUUCCGUGAGAUACUGACAGAUGUCGCCACCCGACCUGCGCCAUUGCAUCGCCUGUGCCGGCAGACGCUGCGGAAGUGUAUCGGACCGAAGAAUGUUAACGAGGCGACAGUCGCCAUGCUGACGUCACCUCGGCGUCAUCAAGAAUACGUGUUCUACGCGAGCGACUGGACGGGGCUGUUCACAGCGUUCGGCGAAAGAACGAUGACAAGGACGGAAUGCUCGCUGUAGAGUCACUGCUAUGAAAAAGACUGCCUGACAAAGACAGACAAAGACGGUGCUACAUUGCACCGAUUAUAUUACCCGUGUGACAAUCGAAUGACAUUUUUUGUCAUUGCCGUCACAUGCGUGCGAUGUUGCGAGUGAAUAAAAUGUGUUGUACAGCGAACAUUUUAUCAUGCUGUUGUGUAUGCCGGGUAGAGUUGGUCGUGUUCGAUCGCGAUUCCUCAAUUAUCUCACCACAAUCCGCAGAUAUCGCGGCAGCAAAAAUAUCACUUUGUUGUCGAGCAACGAGUAAAAGAUAAUUCAAUCACAUAAAAACCACGGAAUAGAUUGCGUUACGCAUAUCGAAAGCUAAUAAAUCGCAUACAAUA